AUGAAUGAAGAGGGGGGCAACACGGGUGGCAGCGGUGAGAAAGACCAGAUGGGGCACUACGUCGAGAUGGGCGCGCCCGAAACCGCGCUGUACAGGCACCUGACGACGGUGCUGCACCUCGUGCUGCUGGCGAGCAUCCUGGGCCUGCUGGCCAUGGGCAUAUACUUCCUGCGCACCCCCUGCGAGCAGUGUGAUUACUACAAUCGAGUGCUGGCGAUAGCUAUAUGGGUCAAAACCAUCUGCCACGUGAACUUAACAAUUCUGCGGGUGCAGAAGAGAGACGAAAUAGAGAGCGACGAGCGGUUGAGAGGUCUAGUAGUGUACCUAAUCAAGCUGUUUAACUCGCUAACGUUUCUCCUCCUCCUGUUGUCCCUUCACCUGCUGCAUUUCUACAGAAAUAAAUGCUCCUUCAGCACAGUGGCUUUGAAAUUUAUAAAGCUCUAUUACUAUCUCACCAUCACUUUGUAUUUUCUACCCCUUCUCUUUUACAUUUCCCUGGGGUUGUUCCUUUCAAUCAUUAUAUGCGUCCUUGUGAACCUCUCCGUGGAUGAACACGAUCGCAUCCCGACGCCGGAAAAUGUCAUAAGCAAAUUGACCGUCUUAAAAUACAGCGAGGUGGACUCUGUGCAUAAUGCGGGGAAUGACCAUAAAAGAAAAAAAAAAAAAAAAAAAAAAUUAAAAAAACCUUCUUUUGAAAUUAUAUUUGAUAAGGUUAAGAGGGUCAUCCAGAGGAAGGGCAGUCCAGAGGACAAGAAGAAAAAAAAAAGACUCGGGGAAUCUCUAAGUGUGAGGAAUGCGUCCCCCCUUGUUGAUGACCCCAUGAGGGAGAUGCUAAACCCCCUUAAGGGGGGCAGUGACCCGAAUGAGCUUUCUAACUUUGCCAGCGGGGGGUCCCCGGGGCGGGCGCCCGGCCCUGGCUCGGAGGACGAGUCGAACGGGGCAGACAGUUCGCUCCACGCGAAUGAUAACGAGAACGGUCAAGAGGGAGGUUGCGAGGGAGGUUACAAUCACGUGAAGGGCGGCGAAGAGCGCCACGAGGACGACGAAGAGAUCUGCUCCAUAUGUAUGAUGAACUACGUGCAGAGCGAUGACGUCAUGGUGAUGCCGUGCGACAGGCGGCACUUCUUCCACGUGGCCUGCCUUACCAAGUGGCUGUACAAGAGCCAGGCGUGCCCCAUCUGCAGGACCAACAUUGUCAGCUGCCUCACCGCGCGCGGCGAAGUCGUUUGAGGGGGGCGGUCAUCCGCAAAUGUGAAUGCCACGCCCAAAGUUUUUUUUUUUUUUUUGUUGUUUAGCGUUCCCUUUGUGCGCAAAUAGUUUUGUGACGAGUUAAUCGCCUCUGCGGGGUGUUUGGCAUAUAUAUAUUACCCACAAGAUGUCUGCGGGGUUGUUCCCCCCCUUGGGGGUCAUGCCCCAUGGGGAGGAGAGAGAGAGAGAGCAAAGCAGGCACAGUUAAGCUGAAGGAGAGCUGGCUCAAAGAAAGACCCACUGAAACGGAUGCUGCCGCCUCCCCUUCCAUCAUUUUUGCAUUGUCUUGUGUCUGCCUGCUCACGUAAGAAGCAACUCCGAGCAUGCCGC